AUGGUUCAAACAACAGAUUUCAAAGAUCAAUGGACAUGCAGCUGUGGUGUCACCAAUGCUACACAAGAUAUCAGAACUGUCAAAUCGGAUGGCAGAAUUUACAGAAUCUGUCAAUCUUGCAGUUGUACAACUGACGUUUACAUUCCGGCUCAUACCCAAGUACUUUCAUAUAAAAAUAUUUCAAAGUGUUGUUCUUCUGGUUGUAAUUGCACUAAUUAUCAAGCAGUCAGAGGAAUAGAAUGUCAUUGUGGACAUUUAGGGUCUUAUCAUAUGAGUAAUAAUGUGCCUGAUAAGACAGUGCAGGUAAAUGAUAGAGUGAAGAAGAGUGAAUUGAAGGAGAGUGGAUUGUCGUUUGAUGUUAAUUCUGUUGAUGAUCUUUAA